CUACCCCUCCCCGUUAUUCUGAUAAAGAUCCUUGCUGGAAGGAAGCUGCUCCUUUUCUCUGACUCACUGAGCAGAAACGAAACCUAAGCCAGUUGAUGGGAGGAGUCUCUGCACUGUUUUACAAGUGCUCUCUCCCUGGGGCGAUAGCGCGCUGUGACACAGCCAGCACUCCUCCGUUAUUAAGUGACUUUAUCCAGGGUCUUUUCUCCUUGUUAUGUUUGGAAAAACUUCUUUUUGGAAGCACUUUAUAAGAUUAUAGCAUCCUGCAGCUCAGCUUCUGAGAGCUAGCCUGAUUUCUCUUUCUACUCAAAACACAUAUUGCUUCCUGCAUUUCAAGAUCUCAAGAUCUGGACUACAUCGGAGAAAUUUUCAGGGAGAGAUGGCCAAUGAAUGCUGGAAGAUUAUUCUGAUUAAAGGAUUAGAAGAAAUCAAUGAUGACCAGUUUAAAAUGGUCAAGUUCUUACUGACAGAUCCAUUAAAACUGACUUCAAAAAUGCAAGAUGAAUGUGGCAUAGUUCAAUUUGCUAACCUGAUCGUAAAGAAGUUCCCGGAAGAUGCUGGUGUGGACAAACUGAUAAAUGUCUGCAAAGAAAUAGCAUCACUUCAAGCCUUUGUUGACAUUCUUAAAAGAGAAAAGGCAAAAGUUAUGAAAAGGAGAUCCACACCAGCAAAAGGAAAACCCCCCUCCAAAAAGAACAAGCAGGACGAAGACAGUCCUGCUGUACCUGCACCCAGCACAAGCAACACUGUCACGUCUGAGGGGGCAGAGGUGACUCCUGGACCUCAGAAAAGAAAAAAGACAGCCCCCCAAAAUGAUGGGUCCAAAAGGAAGAAGAUGUCCAAGGAGCAGACUCAGCCUCCCUGUCCCAUAGGAGUGGACGUGCCCACAGCCAUCAGCCAUCCCUCACCUCCCCAGACCUCAUCAGCUCCAGCCGACAUGCCUUCAAUUGAGAAGCCAAAACCACAGACCAAGCCUCAAGUAAAUACCAGAGCGAAUCAUCUCCAAAAGGGCCCGAUGACAGUGAUGGUACUGAGUACAACAGACCCAUUCAAAUAUGAGUCCUCGGAAAAGGAGAAGAAAACGAUGUUUCAUGCAACAGUGGCUACAGAGAGAAAAUUCUUUCAUAUGAAGGUUUUAGAUAUCAACUUAAAGAAAUACAUCAGCAGAGAUAAAAUCAUUACUAUAUCAGAUUAUUUGGAAUAUGACCAUCUUCUAGAGGUAAAUGAAGCCUCUUCUGUAUCUGAAGCUGGUCCUGAACAAAAGCUUGAGGUUCCAGUAAACAUCAUAAACAGAGCACAGGAAACCCUGAAGAUUGAUGUUUUUCAAACACAAGCUUCGGGAACUGUUGUCUAUGGAUUAUUCAUGCUACAGAAGAAAACAGUGAAUAAGAACAACACAGUCUAUGAAAUUAAUGAUGAUACAGGAAACAUAGAAGUAGUGGGGAAAGGAAAAUGUCACAAUAUCCCUUGUGAGAAAGGAGAUAAACUGGAACUCAUCUGCUUUCGACUGAGAAAAAAGAACCAGCUGUCACAACUGAUUUCUGAAAUACAUAGUUUCAUUCAGGUAAAGCCAAAAGCAAAGCAGAGGAAAUAUGACUCCAAGACUGUGAAUCUACCCACCGUGCAGAGCAUGGUUGCAAACCCUUCAGUGGCCAGCACAACCCCAGAUGUCACUCAGAGUCAUUCCAUGACUCCUCAGAUGCAGAGUGUGGUUCCCAGCCGUUCAGUGGCCAGCACAACCCCAGCUCUCACUCCAAGGAAUCCCGUGACUCCUCAGAUGCAGAGUGUUGUUCCCAGCUGUCCAGUGGCCAGCACAACCCCAGCUCUCUCUCAGAGGAAUCCUGUGACUCCUCAGAUGCAGAGUGUGGUUCCCAGCCGUUCAGUGGCCAGCACAAUUGCAGCUCUCACUCAAAUGAAUCCCAUGACUCCUCAGAUGCAGAUUGUGGUUCCCAGCCAUUCAGUGGCCAGCACAACCCCAGCUCUCACUCAAAGGAAUCCCGUGACUCCCCAGAUGCAGAGUGUGGUUCCCAGCCAUUCAGUGGCCAGCACAACCCCAGCUCUCACUCAAAGGAAUCCCGUGACUCCUCAGAUGCAGAAUGUGGUUCCCAGCCAUUCAGUGGCCAGCAUAACUCCAGCUCGCACUCAAAGGAAUCCCGUGACUCCUCAGAUGCAGAGUGUGGUUCCCAGCUGUUCAGUGGCCAGCACAACUCCAGCUCUCUCUCAGAGGAAUCCUGUGUCUCCUCAGAUGCAGAUUGUGUUUCUCAGCCAUUCAGUGGCCAGCACAACCCCAGCUCUUACUCAAAGGAAUCCCGUGACUCCUCAGAUGCAGAGUGUGGUUCCCAGCUGUUCAGUGGCCAGCACAACCCCAACUCUCUCUCAGAGGAAUCCUGUGACUCCUCAGAUGCAGAUUGUGUUUCUCAGCCAUUCAGUGGCCAGCACAACCCCAGCUCUCACUCAAAGGAAUCCCGUGACUCCUCAGAUGCAGAGUGUGGUUCCCAGCUGUUCAGUGGCCAGCACAACCCCAGCUCUCACUCAAAGGAAUCCUGUGACUCCUCAGAUGCAGAGUGUGGUUCCCAGCUGUUCAGUGGCCAGCACAACCCCAGCUCUCACUCAAAGGAAUCCUGUGACUCCUCAGAUGCAGAGUGUGGUUCCCAGCUGUUCAGUGGCCAGCACAACCCCAGCUCUCACUCAAAGGAAUCCCCUGACUCCUCAGAUGCAGAGUGUGGUUCCCAGCUGUCCAGUGGCCAGCACAACCCCAACUCUCUCUCAGAGGAAUCCUGUGACUCCUCAGAUGCAGAGUGUGGUUCCCAGCCGUUCAGUGGCCAGCACAACUGCAGCUCUCACUCAAAGGAAUCCCAUGACUCCUCAGAUGCAGAUUGUGGUUCCCAGCAAUUCAGUGGCCAGCACAACCCCAGCUCUCACUCAAAGGAAUCCCGUGACUCCUCAGAUGCAGAGUGUGGUUCCCAGCCAUUCAGUGACCAGCAUAACUCCAGCUCGCACUCAAAGGAAUCCCGUGACUCCUCAGAUGCAGAGUGUGGUUCCCAGCUGUUCAGUGGCCAGCACAACUCCAGCUCUCUCUCAGAGGAAUCCUGUGUCUCCUCAGAUGCAGAUUGUGUUUCUCAGCCAUUCAGUGGCCAGCACAACCCCAGCUCUUACUCAAAGGAAUCCCGUGACUCCUCAGAUGCAGAGUGUGGUUCCCAGCUGUUCAGUGGCCAGCACAACCCGAGAUGUCACUCAGAGACAUUCCAUGACUCCUCAGAUGCAGAGUGUGGUUCCCAGCUGUUCAGUGGCCAGCACAACCCCAGCUCUCACUCAAAGGAAUCCCGUAACUCCUCAGAUGCAGAGUGUGGUUCCCAGCUGUUCAGUGGCCAGCACAACCCCAGCUCUCACUCAAAGGAAUCCCAUGAUUCCUCAGAUGCAGAGUGUGGUUCCCAGCUGUUCAGUGGCCAGCACAACCCCAGCUCUCACUCAAAGGAAUCCCGUGACUCCUCAGAUGCAGAGUGAGGUUCCCAGCUGUUCAGUGGCCAGCACAACCCCAGAUGUCACUCAGAGACAUUCUAUGACUCCUCAGAUGCAGAGUGUGGUUCCCAGAUGUUCAGUGGCCAGCACAACCCCAGAUGUCACUCAGAGUCAUUCCAUGACCCCUCAGAUGCAGAGUGUGGUUCCCAGCUGUUCAUUGGCCAACACAAAUCCAGAUGUCACUCAGAGACAUUCCAUGACUCCUCAGAUGCAGAGUGUGGUUCCCAACUGUUCAGUGGCCACCACAACCCCAGAUGUCACUCAGAGACAUUCCAUGACUCCUCAGAUGCAGAGUGUGGUUCCCAGCCAUUCAGUGGCCAGCACAACCCCAGAUGUCACUCAGAGACAUUCCGUGACUCCUCAGAUGCAGAGUGUGGUUCCCAGACAUUCAGUGGCCACCACAACCCCAGCUCACACCGAGAGGCAUGUUACGACUCUUCAGAUGCCUCCAACAACCACAUCCAGCAGUUUCUUAACUAAGAAGGGAGAAGCUGCCCGAGUAACACAGACAUCCUCCACAAAUUCCAGAGCUGGAGUGCUACCUGCCACCAAUCUGUGUGUUUGCCCCACUGUUUGCCCCACUCAACAGUUUCUUAAGCAAGGUCAUCAAGGAGGAGAAUGCCAAAGAACAACCAUUCAAUCUAAAUUUCACCUGAAGUCUUCCUCCUAAAAACAUGGAUGGCAUUGAUAAUAAUGUUUAUGGAGUUAAGAUAUAAAAGCAAAUAAAAAAUGUGUGUGUGUGUGUAUAGGUGAAAUACAACAGUAUGUACACCACCUACUAUUCUAGGGAACAGAGUACUAAGGAUGCUUUUUAUUUUAUACUGUUUACCUUUUUGUAUUAACAUGAGUUUUUGCAUUUACGGCUUUCAUAAUUUGAAAAAAAAACAUAUUUUUUACAGAGAGAAUGGGGAUGUAAAACCCCAUUCUUGGCAAGGUAAAACACCUCCAGAAAAAGGGAAAAACAGAGAAAUAAGUUGAUCAAGGCAGAAUGAAUACAGUUUACAUAGCUUACAUUUAAGCCAGCAGCUAAAUUACUUAUCUGAGAAGUUCCUGUUUUUUCUAGAAGAGUGACUUGUAUGUAAGAGAUACAGUUGCAAACACCCCUGCUGGGUCUGUAAACACUCUGAAGAAUAAUGGCCAUAGAGGAAGCUACAUGCAGGGCCCAGGAAGGAACAUAAGCAGGCCAUCCCCUGCCCAGUCAGCAGUCAAAGCAAAUACCCAUUGUGGGGAUUUGUAUUAGGGCCAGAGCAGAGAUUAAGGGAACUGCUUGAGCCCUGAAAUAAGGGCAGGAGGGUUUGUAGCCUAAUCACACAGGGAGAUGCUUUCAGGUGGCUAUCAGAAGAAAAUUCUUCUUUUCCACCAAUUCUUCAGAGGAGCCUGAUGCCAUUGGGUCUGCUCCACAGAGAAAUAGAGGGGAAUAACCUCCCCCAAGGAAUGUGUGUUUGUGUAACCACAGACAGGAAGCUGCCCCACACAAGGCUCAGGUUUUGGAUUUCUCAAGGCUGUUCAGACCCUUGAAGUUAAUGAUUAUAGAUAGAAUAAGACCUAACAUGCUUAUUCAGAGAAACUGCUGAUGUUUUUGUUCCCUUCCUUGGCUUACCCUCUGGGCUAAAAGAGGAAAUCACCUUCAAUAAAAGCUGACUGGAACAAACACUCAGGGCCACUUGCUGGAACCCUACAAGCUAGCAGUGGUCCUCUGUGUUCCCACCUUUGA